UCGUUCGUUUCGUUUCGUUGGAAUUGCAGUAAUUAUAUCGUUUGCAUGUAAAAAGUUUAACGUUAAUUAUGGCAGCCGGUCCGAUUGCGGAAAGAAAUCAAGAUGCCACAAUUUAUGUUGGUGGCUUGGAUGACAAAGUCUCAGAAUCCCUGAUGUGGGAGCUGUUUGUCCAAGCGGGUCCAGUUGUGAAUGUGCACAUGCCCAAGGACAGAGUGACCCAAAUGCACCAAGGGUAUGGAUUUGUAGAAUUCAUGGGCGAAGAGGACGCAGAUUAUGCGAUUAAGAUCAUGAACAUGAUCAAACUUUAUGGAAAGCCCAUUAGGGUAAAUAAGGCUAGUGCUCACCAGAAGAAUCUGGACGUAGGAGCCAAUAUUUUUAUCGGAAACUUGGAUCCUGAAGUCGACGAAAAACUACUUUACGAUACUUUCAGUGCAUUCGGCGUCAUUUUGCAAACACCAAAGAUUAUGCGAGACCCUGAGACCGGAAACUCGAAAGGCUUCGCUUUCAUCAAUUUUGCAUCCUUUGAUGCUUCCGAUGCAUCAAUAGAAGCCAUGAACGGGCAAUAUUUAUGCAAUCGACCAAUCAGUGUCUCGUACGCAUUCAAGCGCGACGCGAAAGGAGAAAGGCAUGGAAGUGCAGCCGAGAGACUCUUGGCAGCUCAAAAUCCACUGAGUCAAGCGGACAGACCGCAUCAACUGUUCGCUGAUGCGCCACCCUUGGCACCUCCGCCGAUGGCGCCUCAUCAACAACAUCAUCAUAUGAUGCAUCAUGGCAUGGUGGUUCCACCACCGCCGCCUCCAAGUGCGCCCAUUCCUCCCAUGGGACAUCCGCCACCGCCCCCAGUGCCGCCUCCACCCCAGGGCGGCUUCCCCCAGUCAGUAAUUCCACCUCCGCCUCUACCACCCAUGAACAUGUCGCAUCCGCCUUUGCCACCCGGAAUGCCGCCUCCACUUCCUCCAAUGCCUAUCCAGGCUUCCCAGGCCCAACAAAAUGCACAGAGGAUGAUGGCUCCACCACCGCCUCCAUGGGCAGUCGGCGGUCAGGGACAGUAUCCCCAAUUCCAACCUCCACCUCCAAGGCCACCUCCUGGCUGGAGGCCACCUCCACCUCCAGUUCAGCAAGGUGCUCCACCUCCGCCGCCACAAUUUAGGCCACCAUUCCCACCCAGAGGUCCACCACCUCCACCUCCUCCUCAUGAUGGGUCGGGAUUUUAGAUUGAGUGACUAUGGAAAGGUUUCAUUUUAUACGUGUAUGUAUGUUCUUCUUAAUAUUAAAUAACAAUUCUGACUUUC